UGAUUUUUUGUUUUUGCUUUCUUCUGAAACUUGGAAUAAGCGAACCCCAAAGUCUUCUAAUCAAUGCUCUCCAUUUCUUUCACCCAAUAUUGCUCAGCCAACUGAACCAAUUCCGAUAUCUAAUCCUAG